ACAGUAGCGCCCCAAUAGCGAUCUGGAGAAAUGAACGUGACCCAUCUGUUUUUUAUUUGUUUUAAUCGACGGACAACAAUUAUUCGCAAAUCAUACCACUUUUAGUCACUUUCUCCACAUCAAACGCGUGAUCAGCUCGCACUCCUUCGUUGCCAAACACGUGAAAUAUAGGGUUUGAGGAUGGGGAACGCAUCAAGCAGCAAUUCCAGGGAGAGACAUAAAUCUGGCGAUAGUUUGCCACCUUGCUCUCCAGGAAAAAUCGACGGAAAUGCUUUCACAUUCGACCGAAAACCCCCAAACCGAAUCCAAAUCGCGCAACAACACUCCAAUGAUGACGAAGCACCCUUUUUCACAAAGCCUUCGCCCACAUCGUCACACCCUCAGGACCCUGAGUUCCAGAUGGAGACGAGGCAGCGGUCGGCCACCGUCUCUGAAGGAUCAAACCACAACAAAGGAAAGAAGACGCUGCCGACGGUGUUUAAGUGGGAGGGAGGAGGCAAGCAGGUCUAUGUCAGCGGCACUUUUUCCAACUGGAAAACUCUGCCUAUGGUCAAGAGUCAGGGAGACUUUGUAACAAUUGUCGAUCUGCCGGAGGGAGAACAUGAGUACAAAUUCCUGGUGGAUGGCGAGUGGAAACAUGACUCAGGAAAAGUAAGUUUAUUAACAAAUACAAAAUGGACAGCUCUAAAGUUUAAAAUUCAGACCAUCACCACCAACAGCAAAGAAGGCAAAGAAGGCAGCAAAACCAACCUCGUGUAUGUGAAACACUCUGAUUUUGAAGUGUUUGAAGCUCUAGCAAUUGAUAGCGAAGCUUCUGAGUCACAUACGCAGAGUGAAUACUCUCAAGAUAUUCCUGUGAAUAAGCCUUGGGAAAAAGUGCCAUCGCCUCCUGUUCUGCCUCCGCAUUUGUUGCAGGUCAUUCUCAACAAGGACACUCCUCUUUCUUGUGAGCCGACCUUGCUUCCUGAGCCAAACCACGUGAUGCUUAACCACCUGUACGCGUUGUCGAUCAAGGACGGCGUGAUGGUGCUCAGCGCGACACACCGCUACCGCAAAAAGUAUGUAACCACUCUGCUCUACAAGCCGAUCUGACUGUGAACUUGGCGCAGAAUUUCGGAAAGAGGAAAGAAAGAAAAAAGGGUUUUAUGAAAAAGUAGGCGGGCCAAAUUGCGUUGUUGGUGAUUGAUUGAUUGAUUUAUUGAAUGAACAUAUUAGCUGCAACGGCCACGGGACUUGACGAUCGGCCGAAAAGUAUACACAUACUUAUUUUCUAAUGUACUAUUUUGUUCUGUACGCAUGAUUGGAAAAUGCCGCGUGAUGUAACGUCUGAGAGACCACAUCUUCAGUCAAAAUGUUACCAAGCAUUGAGUGUGCGUUUCUGGAUUCUUUUGGCAAAUUUAGUGAGUUCGCUGGUUCAUUUCCACUACUUUGUGAUUUUUAAUUAUGGAUCAGAUUUUAUUUGAUUUCUCUUUAUGCUUCUGUUGCAAACAAGUUCCAUUAUUGAAAUUAUAGUGAAUAAACUAAUCAAUAUAAUGUUUGAAUUUCAA